CAGGAGCGCGGGGCGGGGCCGGAGGCCAGGGUGCCGCCUCCUCUGCAACGCCGCGGCCAGAGUGUUAGAAUCGAGGGCCCGCAGGGGUCCCCGCGGCCGCCGCGAUGCAGAAAUACGAGAAACUGGAGAAGAUUGGGGAAGGCACGUAUGGAACCGUGUUCAAGGCCAAAAACCGGGAGACUCAUGAGAUCGUGGCUCUGAAACGGGUGAGGCUGGAUGACGACGACGAGGGUGUGCCAAGCUCGGCCCUCAGGGAGAUCUGCCUGCUCAAGGAGCUGAAGCACAAAAACAUUGUCAGGCUUCACGAUGUCCUGCACAGCGACAAGAAGCUGACUUUGGUUUUUGAGUUCUGUGACCAGGACCUGAAGAAGUACUUCGACAGCUGCAAUGGUGACCUCGAUCCUGAGAUUGUGAAGUCUUUCCUCUUCCAGCUGCUGAAAGGCCUGGGGUUCUGUCACAGCCGCAACGUACUGCACAGAGACCUGAAGCCCCAGAACUUGCUGAUAAACAGGAAUGGGGAGCUGAAGUUGGCUGAUUUCGGCCUGGCUCGAGCCUUUGGGAUCCCCGUUCGAUGUUACUCAGCUGAGGUGGUCACACUGUGGUACCGCCCCCCGGAUGUCCUCUUUGGGGCCAAGCUGUACUCCACGUCCAUCGACAUGUGGUCAGCCGGCUGCAUCUUUGCAGAGCUGGCCAAUGCUGGGCGGCCUCUCUUCCCGGGCAAUGAUGUGGACGACCAGUUGAAGAGGAUCUUCCGGCUACUGGGGACACCGACCGAGGAGCAGUGGCCAGCCAUGACCAAGCUGCCAGACUAUAAGCCCUACCCGAUGUACCCGGCCACAACCUCCCUGGUGAACGUCGUGCCCAAGCUCAAUGCCACAGGGAGGGACCUGCUGCAGAACCUUCUGAAGUGUAACCCCGUCCAGCGCAUCUCAGCAGAAGAAGCCCUGCAGCACCCCUACUUCUCAGACUUCUGUCCCCCGUAGGCUCCAGGACCCUGGCUGCCAGGCUGGGGCCUGGCCUACUGAAGCCCCCUCCCAGGAUGGGAGGAGAAACAGGGGUGCACGCAGUGCUGAGCUCAGCUGUGCUGGGCCCGCCGGGGGGCCCCUGGCUCGUGUACGCACCCCCCAUGGACUUUAUUUAAUUUCAUAAACCGGCUCCUUUCCCACAG